CUGCUGCGGGUGCCUGGCAGCAACAUGGCUGCUGCUUAGGCGGGCUGGGCCUCGCUGCAGGGAGCCGUGCUGCCUGGCAGACAGCACGGGGAUUGUCCGACUGGCCGCUCUGCCUAUGAAGAAUGCGAGACCUAACGGCUCAGGUAACGAGCAGUCUGCUGCAGUUUCCAGAGGUGACUGUUGAGGCACUUGGGGAAGAUGAGAUCACCCUAGACUCUGUGCUGUGUGGGAAGUUUUCUGGAGGCAGAAGUGGCCUGGCGUGGCUGGCGUGUGGUCCCCAGCUGGAGGUGGUGAACUCAGUGACAGGAGAGCGUCUCUCUGCGUAUCGCUUCAGCGGAGUGAACGAGCAGCCUCCCACUGUUCGUGUGGUGAAGGAGUUUUCUUGGCAGAAGAGGACUGGGCUCCUGGUUGGCUUGGAGGAAGCAGAGGGAAGUGUUCUCUGUCUGUACGACCUUGGGACCUCAAGAGUGGUUAAAGCAAUUGCUCUUUCAGGGAGGGUGACGGCCAUCGAACCCAUCAGCAACGACGGCGGAGCCAGCGUGAGCACCCGGCACCUGCAUCAGAGUCUGCGAUGGCUCUUUGGAGUGGCAGCAGUGGCCACAGACGUUGGCCAUGUCCUUCUGGUUGACCUUUGUUUGGAUGAUUUGUCUUGCAGUCAGAAUGAAGUAGAAGCAUCGGAUCUCGAAGUUGUCACUAGAAUUCCUGCUGAAGUUCCACAAAGAAGAGAAGCUGUGACCAGAGAAGGGAGGCAUCUCUGUUUUCAAUUACGAAGUCCUUCAGGAACAGCAGUAUCAACCCUGUGCUACAUAAGCAGAAGCAACCAGCUCGUUGUGGGUUUUUCUGAUGGCUACUUGUCACUGGGGAACAUGAAAACUUUGAAGAGGAAGCACUACACUCAGCUUGGAGGAGGAAGGAUUCCUGUCUGUGCUCUUACUUUUCAAGAGCCCGAGAGUGAUCUCCAAAAUUGUUGCUACUUAUGGGCUGCUCAGUCUACACAACAAAGUGAAGGGAAUGCUGUGAAUUUACAUCUGUUGCAGUUAGCAUUUGGUGACAGGAAAUGUCUGGCAUCAGGACAAGUCAUGUACGAGGGUUUUAAAUACUGUGUCAAACUCUUCAGUUUAGCUCUCUCUGGUGGAAUCUUUCCCUGGAAAGGGCAUACCAGCAAUACUAAAUUCCUCAGCUUUCAGACCAUAGAAAAAUUUCACAACCAUGCUGACAGAGAGGAUAGCGUUAAUGAAGUAAGAAACAAUGUCUUGUCUUUGACAGUAAUCUCUCCUGACACCAGUGUAUCGAUCUUCAGUUGGCAAGUGAAUACACAUGGUCAAGAAAAACCGUCUGUUUAUUUGGGUGUGUUUGACAUCAAUCGCUGGUAUCAUGCUCAAAUGCCAGACUCACUGAGGCCAGAAGAAUUCCUUCAUGAUUGCCCCUAUUUUGCACUGUGGUCACUGGAUCCUGUAAUAAGCAUGACUUCUCCAAACCUCAUUUUGGAUAUUCUGGUACACGAGCGUAGUCUAAGUCGGGGGGUUCCUCCUUCUUAUCCACCGCCUGAACAGUUUUUUAAUCCAAGCACCUAUAAUUUUGAUGUGACAUGCUUGCUCAACUCGGGAAUUGUUCACAUGACUUGCACCGGCUUCCAGAAGGAGGUGACUUUUUUUUUUACUGUAUUUCUGUUGGGACUGUCAAGAGAUGAACCUUUUCUAACUUUUCUCUUGCAGUGCUUUGAGUGUCAGAGACCACUUUAUGCUCACACUGCCUACUUACAUGCAUUUCCUGCCAGUUCCAUGCAAAUGAUACAGACUGUUGUAGGGAGGCAUGAGCAAGGAGUGAAUGGCUAGAAAGGAAUUGUUGUAGUAGGAAGAGAGAGUGUGGUGGAAGUGGGGGAAAGUGUCUACUUCUUUGUAUAGUGUGGAGUUAGGGUUUUGACCCCAGUGAAUUUGAGAAAGGAGGACAGCAUGGAGAGUGGGGAAAAAAGUGAUUAAACUGUUUAAGAAGAAAUGCAUGUUUUUUCUCUCAACCUUGGCCAAGGUAUAACUUCUGAGGCACUGCACAGCUUGUGACAAACCC